AGACCUCCUCUGGUCCUCUACAGGUCUACAGAGACAUGUGGACCAUGCCUGGUCCACUACAGAUCUACAGAGACAUGUGGACCAUCUCCGGUCCUCUACAGGACUACAGAGUCAUGUGGAUCAUCUCUGAUCCUCUACAGGUCUACAGAGACAUGUGGACCAUCUCUGGUCCUCUACAGGUCUACAGAGACAGGUAAACCAUCUCUGGUCCUCUACAGGUCUACAGAGACAGGUAAACCAUCUCUGGUCCUCUACAGGUCUACAGAGACAGGUAAACCAUCUCUGGUCCUCUACAGGUCUACAGAGACAUGUGGACCAUCUCUGGUCCUCUACAGAUCUACAGAGACAUGUGGGCCAUCUCUGGUCCUCUACAGAUCUACAGAGACAUGUGGACCAUCUCUGGUCCUCUACAGGUCUACAGAGACAGGUGGACCAUCUCUGGUUUUCUACAGGUCUACAGAGACAGGUGGACAUCUCUGGUCCUCUACAGGCCUACAGAGACAGGUGGACCAUCUCUGGUCCUCUACAGAACAAGAGAGACAGUUGGACCUCCUCUGGUCCUCUACAGGCCUACAGAGACAGGUGGACCAUCUCUGGUCCUCUACAGAACAAGAGAGACAGUUGGACCUCCUCUGGUCCUCUACAAGUCUACAGAGACAUGGACAAUCUCUGGUCCUCUACAGGCCUACAGAGACAUGUGGACCAUCUCUGAUCCUCUACAGGCCUACAGAGACAGGUGGACCAUCUCUGGUCCUCUACAGGACAAGAGAGACAGGUGGACCUCCUCUGGUCCUCUACAGGUCUACAGAGACAUGUGGAACAUCUCUGGUCCUCUACAGGUCUACAGAGACAUGUGGACCAUCUCUGAUCCUCUACAGGUCUAUAGAGACAGGUGGACCAUCUCUGGUCCUCUACAGCUCAACAGAAACAGGUGGACCAUCUCUGGUCCUCUACAGGUCUAUAGAGACAGGUGGACCAUCUCUGGUCCUCUACAGGUCUACAGAGACAGGUGGACCAUCUCUGGUCCUCUACAGGUCUAUAGAGACAGGUGGACCAUCUCUGGUCCUCUACAGGUCUACAGAGACAGGUGGAGUCAUUUCUAGAAACUAAACCAAAACAAAGAACCAGAACCUGGGUCCACAUAAACCCUGUUAGCAAAACGAGUCAGGGGACUAAGGAGUUUUAAAACCACCAGAAUUAAAGAGUCUUAUGAUCCAAAACAAAUCCUCACAGUUAAUAUGUCCUGGUUCUGACAGAACAACAAGAACCAGAAUUGGGUCCCAAACACAACCCAAGAACCAGGUCCUUAAUAAACCUGAAUACCAGAACUGGGUCCUGAAGUGGAGUCAAACAUGUUGUUUAUGUUGGUGAUCUAACUGGUCUGGGUUUUGAUUUGACCCAAACAAAAGAGAUGGAUCAGGAAACCAGGUCCAGACUGAACAGUUUUUGUCUACUGGUCUAUCCUGGUC